AUGCCACGUCGUUCAGGAGGUGGAAUGAGAGCUGCUCCAGCACGAGCACCUGCGAGACCCCCAACACAAAUCACUCGAGCUCCACCUGCAGCUCCAGCUCCGAUGACUGCCGCUCCAAUGGCUGGACGACAGCCAGGAAUGUUUGGACAAAUGGCCUCAAUUGCUGGUGGUGUCGCAGUUGGAUCUAUGGUGGGUCAUACAUUAGGCGCUGCUAUUACAGGUGGAUUGGGAGGUGGUCGUGAAGAACAAGCAGUUGAAAGUGGCCCAUCAUCGCAGCCACUUUAUCAACAACAACAACCAAUGCAGCAAAACCGUUCAAACUAUUGCGAAUUACAACAAAAAGAAUUUAUGAGAUGUCUCGAACAAUCAAAUGGGGAUUCAACCCAAUGUCAAGGAUUUUGGGAAGCAAUGAAAGAUUGUCAGAAAUGGGCUCAAAGUUCAGGUAGUUAA